AUGCUGGCUGCGCCUGCGGCUGCAGCGGCGCUGGGGGGAGGCUCCGACGGAGCACCUUCCGGCGACAAAAAGGGAGGAGGGUACUACUUUGCGACUUCUUUACCCCCCACAGUCGUCUCCUGCUGCUGCAGCGUGAGGCUGCGCUCCCCUCAUACCCCUACACUUGUUCUCGCGAGACCACGCUCCUUAGUUUUCCUGCAUCCGCUUCCGAGCGACAGCAGCAGCAGCAGCAGCAGCAGCAGCAGCAGCAGCAGCACUGGCAGGGAUGGCAGCGAACUGAAGGCACACGGGGAUGCGAGCAUUGCUGCUGCUGCCGCCGAAUCGGGAGAAGUAGGGCCCAACUCCUCCUGGCGCCCCUACUUCUCCCCCCCAGUAACACUGCCAUGCCACUCAGCGGUUGCAGCGCUGGCGGCUGUGCCACGUCAGCCUCCCUGCGGUGUGGCUUCUCGCACUCCCGGGGAGCAAGAUGAUGAGGAAACAGUGCAUCAGGAGGGCCUUGAAGAUCUUCUGAUGCUGACAGACUCCCUGUCUCUCAUUCUGUUAGCCUACUGCAAGCGGCAGCGCAGUGUGCUUCCUCUUCAGAUCAUAGACCUAAGACUGCCAUGCUUCCGGAGGAUCAAGGGAAGGCCGCUAAUGACUGUCUGCCCCUUCACGGGAGACGUCGCAAUCCACCAAUACGAAUUCAGAGUGCAGUACUUGCAACGUCGGAGAGUGAGCAGCACUGGGAGCAGCUCUGGCAGCAUCAGUGGUCAUGAGAGUAGCCGAGUGAAGCGCAUAAAGGAGCACGAGCAGCAGCCUCAGUGGCGGCAGCAGCAGCAGGUGUUGCAACAGCAGCAUUCGGAGGCAGCGGAUAGCGACGCAAAUGCAUCUCCGUAUAGCCCCCAGAGAGUUGUCUUUCUGCACGAGCUGGGAAUCCUAGACAUUGCGUUUGUUGGACCGAAGCAGAAGAAGAAGCAGCAGCAGCACAAGAGCAGCAGCAGUAGAAGCAGCAGCAGUAGAGAGCUUAUCUUUGCAUCGGCAUCAUCAGCUCAUGCAGACUCAAAGGACGCAGAUUUCGAUCCCCCAAGCGGCGUGUCGCCUUGCCAGUUGUUGUGCUGCCUCUUUGAAGCUACAGCGCUAAGCAGCAGCUGUGCAGCCUCUCCUGUUGCUGCGCCUGAGCGAUUCUUGCGGCUGCUGCAUCUUCCACCCACAGCCGUUCCCUUCAUCAACACAGAUCCCUUGGCAUGCUGCUGUGGAUCGCUCCCAGCUCCCCUGCAGCUCUCCCCCACUGCCACGCGACUGCUGCCCCUUCCGCCUCCGUUGGGGGGUCUCAUUGUCUGCUCCGCUGAGAAUAUCUCCUGGCUGGCUAUGCAGCCUUCCUUGCAGAAGGAGCAGAAUUACGUCAAGAAGCCGCACCCAACGAACCCCAGCAGUUCUAGUUCUAGCAGCUCCAGCUCUAGCAGCUCCAGCUCUAGCAGUAGCCUUUUGUAUCGAGGCUCUCCUGGCGCAGCGAGCAGCGCGCAACAGGCGGCAAGGGGCCUUUCCGAGGUGUGCUCACAAGCGACUUUCCCUGGAUGCGACGACAUCGUUGCUGCUGUGCUGCUGUCUUCCCCUUCCCCACCAGCAACAGUGCAGCAGCAGCAAUCGGAAUACGUUCUUGUCGCUGUAGACGCCAGAGGCCAUGUGCUACAGGCAACGCUCCGAACGUCUGCGGCUUCCCUUCCCGACAACAGCAAUGGCAGCUGCAAGUGGGAGGAUGUGUCUCUUUCUGUCUGCUACUUGGGGGAGGCUUGCGAAGCCUCGCAACUCAGCCCUUUGGGGUCAAGAACGUUCUUCGCGGCUUCCACUUGCAGCGACAGUUUGGUGCUCGAAGUCUUAGACGCAGGAGCUGAGGCAGCUCCCAACAACAGCCACGGCGGAAAGAGGGGGCCGAGUGCCAGCGGCACGAGUUUAGCCUUCACUCAUCCUCCUCGUCCUUCUCGUUCUGAGGAAGCAGUUGUUGCAGGUGCAGCUGCUGCUGCCUCCAGCGCCACUGCCGAGUGGUUAGAGCAGCAGCAGCCUCACACACCUGAACAGCAGCGGGGAUGUCUCAAAGUGCUCGAAGUGCUUCCCAAUUUGGGCCCUAUCGUCGAUUGCUGCAUUGCAGACUUCGAAGGAAGAGGGCAACAACAGCUCGCCGUUUGCUGCGGGAACGGUCCAAGCGGCGCCGUGAGAUUCGUGCGAGAUGGUCUUUUUUUGCAUUCUGCUGGAACCGCUGCUCUCGAGCAGCCAGUAGAGGGCAUGUGGUCUGGAGCGAUCGCGUCUUCUCGCGGAUGGAGCGACGAGACAGAAGAGGGGAGUGAAAUUGAGGAGCUUGAGGCUCUAGGGGCCUUUGUUACUGCGCAGCCUUCUGUUCUUUGCAGUGUCUUUGAGACAGAAGCCUUUCCCCCUGCAGCCGAAGCGGCGAUGGAAGAGGACGGCGUGCAGACUGCUCCUCCAAAUUCGGAUGGUUCCUCCAUUGUGGUGCUGCAGGUUCUCGCGGGCGGCAUUUUAGCGCUCGAAGGGCAGGAGGCCUCUUUGUCUCUCCGCGCGGCAGUGUCUGUACAGCCCGCUGUCACUGCCACAGGAGCAGCUCCGUCUCUUGCGCUGCAACCGUGUGGCGUCGAUGUGCUUUUGAGGAUUCCUUCCCCCCCCCUCUCCGAGGAAGCAAUUCGCAUCAGUUCUGCCAGCGUUGCACCCCUAGGAGGUGGCAUUGAGUGGGCACCUGGUUGUGGCGUGUCAGGAGAUGUGCUGCUGUUGACUGCCAACACUCUCGCGGCAACUGUCUCGCUGAGAGGCAGCACCUUCCGAAUUUUGAAAGCUCAGGAUCUCGGGGACGAAGCCUCCACCGCUCACGCCGCUCGGCUCGAUUUCGCAGAUCCAGCUGCUGCACAAAUCCAAAGUGCUGUGCCCAGUGCUGUUGCAGCAGGUGCCGCUGACAUAUCGACAGCUCUGGCGGCUGUAGGCCUCUUUGGAGAGGGCACUAUGCGUCUGCUGUCGCUUCCUGCAUUGGAGCCAGUCAUGUCUUUGAACGCUUGCAGCGGAGAAAUGGGGGCUUGGAUCGUAUCCUCGCUUGUCGCAUGCAUGGGAGGCAUCCCCUUCUGCUUUGCAGGAUUGAGCAACGGCCGCGUUGUCGUGUUUCGUCUAGGAUUUGCUGCCGUCUCAGCAGAGAGAGACGGCGGGAGUGAUGGAGAUGGUGACAGCAGCAGCGGCUGGAAGCCUCUCCUUACAGGAAUUUCACGCCGCACAGGAAAACACGUUUCUCUGAGGCUGUCUGUGCUCUCGGGAAGAGUAGUUACCGUUGGGGGGGGGCCUGUGUCUCUGGUGCCUCUUCCUCGUCUGCCUGAGACUUUGCAACGCAGAGAAUCUCGCAGCAGCCGUCGCAGUGGAGACCAUACAAAGCGGCGUCUCGGUGCUGCCCCCCCUUCGCAAGAGACUUUCCAUGCGGAGAUUGCUUCACGCCACGAUGUCUCCUGCGUGGUUUGCUGCUGCUCCAACCCCACUAUUAUCCAUGUGUCUGCUGCUGGAAGCCUCACGUACAACCACGUUCCCUGUGCCUCACUGCAGCACGCAGCAGACUUCAGCUGUGAAGCGACUGACCCCUUGCUGGGGUUGCUGUGGGUAGAGGGCGUUCCUCCGUCUGCUGUAGCAAGCAGCAGCAGCUUCGCCAGCAGCAGCAGCAGCAGUGGAUGGUUCCGAGAGGGCUUUGGAGCACAGCAACGUCACCGUGCUGUGUUGCAUGUGGGCGUGAGAGAAAAAGCUCAGCGCUUGCACUCCAGAGUAUUGCCUAUUAGGCGUACUGUGGAUGCUCUCUGCCCGAUAGAAGCCGCUUCAGUUGUUGCGUUAGCCUGCCCUGCAGAACUUGUGGGAGGUCGAGAGGAGCCGAGUUGCGUUCUGUUCCUCAAUCCGCUGACAAAGGCCAUAGAGGGGAAAUUCGUGGUGCCACAGCCAAACUUUUUCCCUUCUGCGCUCUGUCUGGGGCCCCUAGUACUGCAGGGGGUAGCGUCUUCUUGCGGCAGUGACGGUGUGUCUGUUGCCUCCCCUCGGAAGAGUAGCGAGGGAGUGGCUGCAGCGCGUUCCGCCGCUUCAGCAGACGCAGCAGCAGCAGCAGCAGUAGCUCCAGCCGCGGCAGUUGGUGCCCCUUCGGCAGAAGGAGACUCGCCGGCAACCCUCUUGUGUGUAGGGACGGCGGAGGUUGUGCUCAGCGAUUGCGAACCGCUUCACGGAGCCAUCCAUCUCCUGAGUGUCUCUAGGGUGCAUGGCAUGCUGAUCAUUGCAGAAGCGGCUCCUCCUUUGCUCCUUUCGGCAGGGGUCCACGAGCUGCGCGUCUUCGACGGAAUGAUCUUGGCUGCCUGCAAUCACCAGCUGCGCCUUGUGGCACUGCGCCUUCCUGGGGGAACACCACUCGAUGACAGGGGAACUCCCCGAAACACGCAGCCGGUGGAGGGGCGCCGACAGCGAUCCGAGAUGCAGCGACGCUUGCAGCUCCAACAGCAACAGCAGCGGCGUCGCCAUCCUGCCUGCUCAGCAAAUAACGGGCAAGACUUUAUGGAAGCGGAUACGCCGUCUCUCGAAGAGAAAGACACACUGGGAGACAAAGGCCUCAGUUCGUUAGGCCGCCUUUCGAUGCAUCCUGUUGCGUCUUUCUCCUCAAGCACCUUCAUUGCCUCUCUAGACGUGCUGGAGGACCGACUGAUAUGUGUGGGAGACAUGAUGUCUUCUGCAUGCAUUGUGGAAUGGAGACCUCGUGAGAAGGCUCUGCGAGAAGUAGCCAGAGACAUGAGAUGCGCAUGGCCGCUGGGCGUGUCGUUGCUGAAUGGAGACAGCUGCCUUAUGUCGGAUGGCGAGCAGAACCUGUGGGUUCUCCAGAGGGCUCUCCCGGAGGGAGCUCCCAAGAAUUCCGCAUUAGGACGCGAUGGCGACGGUCAGACACCUGCGGAAGCUGCUUCUGCUGCAGUAGUCGAGCGGCAGCAGGAGGGGGGCUCGACAACUGGUGCAAGUGCAAGCGCCGCUGCCAACAGAGAGCAGCAGCAGAGGCAGCGGAGGACCAGUGGUGCGGAAACAGCGGCGACAGCGGCAGUCAACAUCAGCGAUGCGCAGCAGUUUCGUCUGUCCCCUUGCGCUGCCCUUCAAACGCCUGUCUCAGUGAACAAAUUCAUUCACGGAGGCAUCAGUGUGAGGCUCGAGGAGGGCACUUUUGGGGGGUGCGGUUCGGAGCAGCAACUGAUGAUGAGGUCUGCAGCGGCCGAUGCCGCUACAGCAGCAGCAGCCACAUCUGCGACGGCAAGCAGCAGUGCCUGCUCCCUCGGAGGCUUGCUGCAAGCUUCGAACCAGGGGGGAGCUGCCGUGGGGGAUUGCAGAAAAGGCGGCAGCAACAGCUGCCUUGGCAGGCCCUUGCAGAAGCACAAGGCUGCGUCUCCUCUCUGCAUGCCCUCAUACACGCGCACAUGGGUUUCGGCAGAAGGAAGCAUUGGAGUCGUCCUUAAGCUGACAGAUGCAGAAACCUUCUCCAAAAUGGCACUCGUGGAGGAGGCCGUGAGUGAUCUCAUGGAAUGCAUUGGGGUGAGAGAUGGCACACCAGGCCAUGGCGCCCGCAUUGAUGGAUCAUGGAGCCCUUACAAAGGCUUUAUUGAUGGCGAUAUUUUGGAGCAAUUGCUAGUGCUGAGACCGCGUGAGCAGCGAGAAGUCUACAAACUAGCACGCGCCACUGCAGAGGAAGUUGGCCUCUCCCUGCCUUCUCUAGACGAACUCCUUCUGCAGAUCGAGCACCUAAGGCAGCUGCACUAA